AUGGGCGCCUACAAGUACAUCCAGGAGCUGUGGAGGAAGCAGUCGGCCGUGCUGCGGGGGCGCUGCUGGCAGUACCGUCAGCUCUCAGCGCUGCACCGCGCCCCGCGCCCCGCGCCCCGCGCCCCACACCCAACCCGGCCCGACAAGGCGCGCAGGCUGGGCUACAAGGCCAAGCAAGGCUAUGUCAUAUACUGGAUCCGUGUGCGCCGUGGUGGCCGCAAACGCCCAGUUCCUAAGGGUGCCACCUACAGCAAGCCUGUCCACCAUGGUGUCAACCAGCUCAAGUUUGCUCGAAGCUUGCAGUCGGUUGCGGAGGGGCGCGCUGGCCGCCACUGUGGGGCCCUGAGGGUCCUGAAUUCCCACUGGGUUGGUGAAGAGUCUACAUACAACUUCUUAGAGGUUAUCCUCAUUGAUCCAUUCCAUAAAGCUAUCAGAAGAAACCCUGACACUCAGUGGAUCACCAAACCAGUCCACAAGCACAGGGAGAUGGGGGGGCUGACUUCUGCAGGCAGAAAGAGCCACGGCCUGGGCAAGGGCCACAAGUUCCACCAUACUACAGGUGGCUCUCGCCCUGCAGCUUGGAGAAGGUGCGAUACUCUCCAACUCCACCGCUACCACUAA